ACCUCUUUUGUUGCACUCUCCUUGAUGGUUAAUGUCCUACUUUCUUCUCUUGUGUUAAGAAGACUCUCUGUGUCUCUCUAAAAACUCUUGGAAUACAUAUACGAAUAAAGUUUCAGAAUUUGAUCCCUUUGUGUUGCUUCUUAAACUCGCCGAGUAAAAAGGAAUCUCAUUGUUUUUAGCAUGAGCACUCGGGCGGCCAGGGGGGCUCCUGUAAGAGGGUAUCGUCGUAGGAAGGCGAUACUGGACUUAGACCUCAACACUGCACCACCAAGUGAUAGUCGGGAUCAGGAGGGGACUUCGACUCAAGCGGUGCCUAAUGAAAUUGAAACUGGCCAAUCAGGGCGGUCUGUACCUGCUAUGAUUGAUGUCGAAGCCAUUGAUGAUGAUGUCAUUGAAUCCUCCCCCAGGGCUUUUGCUGAAGCCAAAAACAAUUCUAGAAGGAAUGGUGGAAGGGCUAUAGUGGAUGUGGAUAUAGAUGAAAGGACUAGGGUUACCCAGAAUAACCGCAACAAGCGUAGAAGAGCUCCACCCAACCAAACAAUUAUUAAUUGUGAUUUAUACAUAAAUUUGGAAAGCAGUAGCAAUUCUACGAGAGAGAAUGUGACAAAGCUACCUUCACCGCCAAAGGAGCCCACCUUUAGCUGUCCAAUUUGCAUGGGUCCUUUAGUGGAGGAAAUGUCGACGAGGUGUGGUCACAUAUUCUGUAAGACAUGUAUUAAGACUGCAAUAAGUACACAGAAUAAGUGCCCCACCUGUAGGAAAAACGUCACAGUGAGAGAACUCAUUAGAAUCUUCCUUCCUUCAACCAGUUGAGGCUCAGGCUUGAUAACUGAUUAUCAGGGUUUUGCACGAACUGCUUUCAAGUGAAAGGGAAAUGGAACUAUUGUUUCGGCGUGGCAGUAGAUAGCUUUUCAUACUAGUGGUGAAAAUGUUUUGCAGUUCAAGCUAAUAUAUAUAUCUAAUGACCGUGUUGGGUUUUGGUCAAGAACAAAGUUAUAUGGGUGUCAGAUUGAACCCCUAAAGCAUCUUUAUUUAUCUCUAUUGCUGUCGUUAGAUGCUCAAGUGUCUGUAAUGUAUACGCUGUCUGGCUUAGGUAUUAAUGGGAGUUAGCGUUCGGACUGGGCAGUGGAGUGGGAUAUAUAGUUAGGCCUAAUUAUAUAAAUGCUCCUGGGGUUAGAGCAGUUUUAGUGGCCUUUCCCUGAUUUAGUUCCCAGUCACAAAAUAACAGUUCAUGUACGAUAGAGGCUAUCUUGUUUUCUUUUUAACCUGUUAUUUCUGUUUUA